UAUAACCUGUAAGAUUUAUACAUAUUUGACAACUUCUUUCGCAAAAAUGACAACCACCACGACAUAUCAAGGGAUGGAGCCCGGCUCUAAAAGCAGUUCCAGGGUAUUGCGCCCUCCCGGCGGCGGCUCCAACAUUACAUUUGGUGCAGAUGAGAAGAAGCCUCCUGUCCGGAAAGACAAGAUGGCCUCCAGUGUUUUCGCUGAGCCAGAGGACCCCUAUGCCAAUCGAAGGAACAAUCCACCAGGUGGGAAGCCCACAGGUGUGCUUUGUGGUGAGUCAUCAGCCCCCCUGAGGAGAGGAGGGAGCCAAACCAGCAACCAAUCUGCAGACGCCCCCGCCACAGAUGGAGAAAAUCUUGUACGUGAUUAUGACAACAGUGCUCCCGAGCCUGAAGCCGUUCCAGAGCAGAAGGAGGAGGCCCCUCCAGCAGACGAUCCCGCUGCAGGAGUACCGUCUGGUCGCAGGAAUCCCCCUGGGGGAAAGUCUAGCCUCAUUCUGGGAUGAAUCCCUGCCAACCACCCCUACCUAUAUCUACUCAUGUCUGAACUCAUGCCUUUUUUUUUUAAAAACAAGAAUCCCCAGCCCAUUUGUCUGUAUCACAGGAAUCUUAUCUGUUGUCCAACUGACACCAGUUUACUCCACAUCCCCAAGUGCAUUGUUUUGAUACCUCUUUUUUGGAAACUGUUUUGUACUGUUUGUUUGUUUUGACAGAAGCACUUUAUGUAUUUCUAUAUAUAUGGUUUAAAGUCUGCCUUUGCCCCUGUAUUGUAUUAGACCUUCCGGACAGGGUAAAGA